ACCAAGAUGGCGGGGCCGAGCGGCCGAACGAUGUUGACAAACUAGAGACGGGAUCGGGCCUUGGAUUCGCGGAGCCCGGCGAUGCGAGGAGUGUGCUGCCGAUCUGGCUUUGAAUAGUUUUGGAUUUUACAUCAUGAGCAUUGUUCACGAUAAACUAGCGAACGAAUUCCUCAGGAACGGUGGGAUGGAACCAAACUUCUCUUCUGGUAUGAUUAUGUUCAGUCACCUCCCACCAAUCACAAAUUUUUCCACCCUUGCUGCUCAUUCUGUCGCACCAGCUGUACCUCAGGAUUUGAUCCUUAAAAAGGAUCCCGAUGCUCCAGCAGAAAAAUAUCCUUCAGACUAUAUGCAACCCACCUCGGAUGUUAAAGAGAAAAAGUUCUCCGCACAUGAUGGAUUUGUAUUUUUUAAGAAUAAACUUCUCGAAGAAGAGGAAAUGGGCAGGGGACAGAGCAUCUUAACCCACAGUCUGACUCACACCAGUGUAUCUCAAGUCAGAUAUGAAAAAGAUUACCUCACUGUUCCCAAACAAGGGAAUGUCAAGAGGGCUAAGAAGCAGAACUCUCAAUCUCAGGAUACAAAACCCAAGCGAAAACGAAGUGAAACAUCCAAGUCUUCAACGGGUGGAGACGGUACCAACCUUCUACACGGUCCGAAGGUUCAUAUAUGUGAACAUUGCUGUGCCUCUUUCCGUAGUUCUUACCAUCUUCGUCGCCAUGUACUCAUUCAUACUGGUGAACGACCUUUCCAAUGUAGCCAGUGCAACAUGUGUUUCAUUCAGAAGUAUCUGCUUCAAAGGCAUGAGAAGAUCCACAGUGGAGAGAAGCCAUUCUGUUGUGAUCAGUGUAACAUGAGGUUCAUCCAGAAAUAUCACAUGGAGCGACACAAACGGACACACAGUGGAGAAAAGCCUUAUCAGUGCCACACUUGUCAACAGUAUUUUUCUAGAACAGACAGAUUAUUAAAGCACAGACGAACAUGUGGUGAAAUCCUUGGUAAAAGUGAAAAUGGAAUGGAGCCUGGGCCAUCAAAUCAAAUGGGGAAUGGUUGCUUCACAUCAACUCAGGGAACUACAGGUCCACGCAAGAAAACAAAAUCAAAAGCUACAUCUCAGGAGACUAAGGAGAAGACAGCUCGCAAAAAGAACAAAUCCAACAUUUCUGAACUUCCAAGUAGCUUAACCGCCUGCAAAGAUAAAUUGUCUGUAUAUAAUAUGCAUGAAUAUGCUGUUGAGAUGCCAAUGGUGUCCUCUAAUAUGAAAUUGGGAAAUGAAGAGGAUUUGCAAACCCGAGCACCAAAACUGGUCAUCAAAAAAGUGAAUCGGAAGAGCCCUCAAAGGACAGGUCCGAACAAUGCAACGCCUCUAGUUAUACCUGCCACAGAGCUGGUGAGGCAAAAGCUGAUGACUAAUAAACAAGGGACUUUGGCAUUGAAUAAUAGCACCAGCAUGGAUAAUAUUGUCUUACUGCAGAAUACAGGCAAUAAAGCAGAACAGGCUAGCAACUGCAACUAUGAUGAUGCAAUGCAGUUUUUUAAGAAAAAAAGAUACCUGCAGGCUGCUUCCAGUAAUAAUGACUAUGCAGUAAGUAUAGGACAGAUGGCAUCUCAACAGUCUGUAAUUCAGGCAGCAGUUGCGAGUGUUAUGGAUAAUGAAAGCUCACUUACCCUGCUGGACUCUUCUCCAAUGAAUGUGGAUGUGAAAGUCUGUCAUGAAAAGUCUGGAAUUCCAGAUGAGGUCCUUCAAAGCCUUCUAGACCAAUAUUCCCACAAGCAUGAGGGCCAGCAUGAUGUUCCUUUUGAUAUUGCUGACCAACAUAUCCCAAUCCAUUCUUCAGGAGAAAAUCCAGAGAUACAUGAGAAUGCUGUUUGCCCAGAUCCACAUGCAUCUCGUGGUGACAAAACAGGAAUGCUCCAAGAAUAUUCUAAGUACCUGCAGCAAGCUUUAGAGAGAACGAGUCAAAGUGAUGGGUUUUCACUAAACCCAGGGAUGCAGUUUUGUCCCACUAGUCUUCCAUCCAGUCUCCCCAGCCAUAAUUUAUUCCCUGAUAAACAGGCUUAUACUACACCUGCACUCGAGUGUGGUUUCAGUCCAUCUAUUACCUCAGUAUUGCCAACCACCUCACCAAAAUCACAUUUUGGUUUGUUGAUUGGAAGUUCCCAACCUGGCAUUCAUUUUCCUGGUACAGAAGCUGCUCAUCAAAGGCUGACGCCAUCUCAGGAGUUAGUGGGGCAGCUGGAACAACAAAAGAACUUGGAGGCUGGCCUGAACCAUCAGGUCUAUCAGAUUGAGAAUUUUGCCCAGGCCUUUGGAUCUCAGUUUAAGUCAGGUGGUAGAGUGCCAAUGACCUUCAGCAGUGGCACCAACGAAGAGGCAGGCCACAGAAUAAGGACUACAGUUUCUGAAUUCUCAGGGUACACUAAUUUGUUGUCUGAUGCUAAUGAGCCAAUUAGUACAGGAGCCAAGACUCCAACCAGCCAAAGUUACAGGUAAGGUCAUAAGUAUGACCAGGCUGGAGGGCCUUGAGUGCUUGAUACCAUGUUUUUGACCAUGUGUAAGCACAUUGCCAGUCCAAAUGUUUAUAUAUCAGGUUCUGAGAAAAAAAUGUAUGAAGCCCUUCCAAUGCAACAUUUUACCAUUUUGUUUGGUGCAUUCAGUCUGUAAUCAUGUUAGAACAGUUUGUAUUAGGAAUAAAUUUUAAACACAGUGGAUAGGCAGAAAAUUAAACAAGUCUGGAAUUUUUUUCUCAGUGGAUUGGGAAAUGUUUUAGCAGAAUAGCAUGACUUGGAUGGGGUUAAAUGUUUUUUUUUGUGGGAUUUGUGUUUUUUAAAAAUUCAACUGUACUAUUAAUGGAAAAAAAAGAGUAACUCAAAACAUCAGGGAAGUGCUCAACGUUCAAUUUUCAAAAUAGAGACAUCAAUAAUAUUGAGCUAUGACUGUAGUUUGUAGUAUGACUCAGGAAACAUUUGAUGCAGUAAGGGGAGAUUUCUAUUGAAACAAAUUCCACAAGCACUGACUUGAAAGGGGAGCAGAACUUUGAUGUUGGGAACUUUGCUGUGCACAUCUGUGCGUGAAGUAUUUGGUCCCUGAUAACAGCUUUGAAGCUGUAAAGCAGUAACCUCAUUGAGUCAAAAGGAACUAAUGACCAAUUUCAUUUCAGUGUAGUAAUAAAAAAAGGUUUUAAAAAAUCUUUAAAAAAAAUUAGGUAGGCAAGACUUUAUUUACCUCAUUCUGCAUUUUGAAAGCCGUGAAUAGGCAGGUACCAAUGCAAGUAUCAGUAGUACAAGUAGCAUGAAUCAACAUUGUGUAAAUAUAAUAAUUCCCACUAACAUUAGCGAUGUUUACAGGAGAAAAGAUCUUUGUUUCAGAAGACUGCAAAGUACAGGGUGAAAGGUUGAAACUGCAGUUCUGUACAGUGAAAACUAUGGGUGCAAAGUAUGUUGAAAGGUUCAGUAUGCUACAUAAAGUCUUUUUAUACAUUUCAUAGUGUUGCAAAAGCAUAGUGUUACAGUUCAGAUUUGCCCAUCAGUUUAAUGGUAACAACCUGCUAUUAUAAUAGCCAUUAAAAGUGUGUGGUAAUUU